GUAUUUUUCACUUGUGCUAAAUCUUGUUGAGCCUUGAUUUUUCCAAGGAAGUAAUGGACUUGAACUAUUGAUUUUGGGAUUAACUAUUGGAAUAAACAUUUGAUUAGUCGAAUGUUUUAUUUAGCCGUUGUAUUUUUGUCUCCUACAGCAUAUACUUUUAUAAUAUUCCGCUUUUUCGAUGCCGACUUUUUUUUUGCUUUAUAAUCGUUGCGAACAAUAAAAUUGCAUCGCUUUAUCUCUCGAUCUCCAUUUUGCACUUUGUGGUGCAACUUGGCAUUUGCUCAAACUGAAAUAGUUGUAAAUCUCUCCGGAAAUGGGUUUACCCUGACUAUUUCGUCUUUGUACUUGAAUCCUGGUAGAACUUUCCCUCAGUUAGAACGUCAAACCUCAACCUUUCUCUUGACCCUCAAAAUAAGCAUAUGUAUCAGCCUGAUUACCUAAACAAAGAAAACCCUGCCUGGCAGUCUUUUUCUGGCGAAGUGCUGUCGCCUCCUUUGUAUUCGCCUACUUCUGUGCCAUCACCCUUACCAAAUAGCGCCGGCCUCAUGCUCAACAACCUUAGUCCGUCUUCUGGUGUUAUAUCCCUUCCUGCCGAAAGUGAAAUCGUCGUUAAGCGAGGACGAGGGAGACCCCGGAAGCAUUUUCAUAAUCAAGCACCUUCUGUUCGCACGCCAGCGAAUGGCCGAACCGUUCGAAGACACCCUAAGAAAAGCAAGCGAAGAGCGUAUGAUUCCGAUGAUGAACUGACAGAAGAUUCAAAUGAAAAUAAAUCCCAUGUUGUCAAUUCACGCAUUUUUGAGCGUCGCAAUAGCAAUAACCGCCAUGAUUAUCCCGAAGAUGGUGAUCCGGACAGUGAGUAUUCGUUGAUGGACUACGAAGUCAGCAACCAGCAGCCCCCGACAAAGCGAGUAUCUUUACGGCAGCGGAAACGUCACAACUAUUCAGAGAACAAUGACUCAGAUAGCCUGAUUAACGAAGAAGAAGAAUUCGUUUGUCGAAAGAAGGUCAAUAAUCGUUCUAGCAGCAAUGUGACUAGAAAUUGUGUAACCGAUGUAUUGAAAAGUGAACAAGCGAAUGCAGAAGACAGUGCUGAGGAUGGCGAAGGUGAGGACGAAGCAACUAAUUCGGCUGCUAACAAGAGUGGUCUCUCGAAAGAGAUGCGCCUAAAAAGCACUCAAAUUGAGAAGAUUUUAGCGUAUCGCAUAGUCUCUUCAAAACCAGUCAAUUCUGCUGCACCGUCCGAGCAUCAGAACGGCCUUGCAUCUGUCAAUAAUACCGAAGAUAAAGAAAUUCAAUAUGAAUACUAUGUCAAAUACAAACAACGUAGCUACAUACAUUGUGAAUGGCUUCCGCAGGCUGUCGUAGAGAACGCAAAACUCGGCAAGCAGCGUUUACAGAGAUUUUUAAACAAAGACCCCGUUCUAGACCCGGACCCCCCGUUUGAGCCCGAGUACACUGAAGUUGACCGUAUAUUGGCCUGUGAAGAACAGAAUGGACAAACUUACUAUUAUGUAAAGUGGCAGGGUCUUCCCUACAAUGAAAGUACUUGGGAGCCAGCAGAUUUAAUCAAAGAUACCGCUCGGCUUCAAGAAUUCAAAGAGCACAAUACAAUACCGACUAUCAAACCUGACAGUUCCCUCAGUGCAGCUCGUUCACUCCCGGUCCUUUGGAACGACAUUCCAAACAUCGAAUUUAAAGACGGGAAUCAACUCCGUCCAUAUCAGCUAGAAGGUAUGAAAUGGCUCUGCUGUUGUUGGUACAAUCGUCGGAACUCUAUUCUUGCAGAUGAGAUGGGCCUUGGGAAGACCGUUCAGACAAUUUCGGUUUUAUGGUACCUUUAUCGCUGGCUGAAUAUCUACGGUCCAUUUCUGAUCAUCGCACCCCUUUCUACAAUACUUCAUUGGCGCCGCGAGGUCGAAACCUGGACCACUAUGAAUUGUUUGGUCUAUCACGGCAAUUCAGAAGCCCGUCAAAUUAUCCGCGAUUACGAGUGGAACUACACAGACGAGAAAGGCAAUAUCAAAAGCUCAAAGAUUUUCAAGUUUCACAUCAUUAUAACAACUUACGAGAUGGUAUUGACCGAUACCGAAGUGCUGUCUCCUAUUCGGUGGAAAUACAUCGCUAUCGAUGAAGCCCAUCGCCUAAAGAACAAAUCUAGUCGCUUGUUGAACGAGUUUCGCCACUUCAAGUAUGACCACCUUCUGCUUCUCACUGGUACCCCUAUUCAAAACAACACGCAAGAGCUCUGGACUUUGAUAAACUUGCUUGAUCCGGUUCAGUUCAACUCUUUGGAUGCAUUUAUAGAAGAAUUCGGUGAUUUGAAAGACGCAGAACAAGUGAAAAGGCUGCACACUCUACUUCGUCCAUUCUUGCUGCGUCGUAUGAAGGAAGAUGUGGAGAAAUCGAUUGCGCCGAAGGAGGAGACGAUUAUCGAGGUCGAGCUGACAACAAUUCAAAAAAAGUACUAUCGCGCAGUAUUAGAGCGGAGCUUUGAUAAUUUAGUGCAAGGAAGUAAGUCGCGUUCAUCUCUUCCAUCUUUGCUCAACAUUAUGAUGCAGCUUCGAAAAUGCUGCAAUCACCCCUACUUGCUGAAAGGGGUGGAAGAGACUGAGCUCGGCGUCGUGCAUAUGGAACAGAAUACCACGAAUGAAUCGCUGAUUGAAUCCUCAGGCAAGCUGGUGUUGAUCGACAAACUUUUGCCGAGACUAAAAUCAGAGGGUCACAAAAUACUUAUCUUUUCUCAGAUGGUUCGCGUACUGGAUAUUUUAGAGGACUAUUUAAAGUAUCGAGGACACAAAUACGAGCGAAUCGAUGGUACAGUUCGCGGAAAUGACCGUCAGGCUGCUAUAGAUCGUUUUUCUCGUCCCGGAAGUGACAUUUUCGUUUUUUUGCUUUGCACCCGAGCCGGUGGUGUGGGUAUUAACUUGACGGCUGCCGACACGGUUAUUAUUUUUGACUCUGACUGGAACCCUCAAAACGACUUGCAGGCGCAGGCUCGUUGCCACCGCAUUGGUCAACAGAAGAGUGUACAGGUGUAUCGUCUUCUUACUCGUGGUACAUACGAGCGUGUGCUAUUCGAGCGCGCAUCGCUUAAGCUUGGUCUCAAUCAAGCUGUACUGAGUCGUAUGAACGACGGCAACACCGUGAUUGAGGACGAUGACAACAGGUCGAAGUUUAGCAGUUCCGAGGUUGACACGUUGUUGAAGCAUGGCGUAUAUGACUUGUUUCGUGGAGACAACACGUACGAGCGUUUCCGCGAAGAGAACAUUGAAGACAUUCUUUCCAAGCGCACCAUGUGUGUGGUUCAUGAUUCUAGCAAUUUGUCUGGCAGUUCAUUUAGCAAGGCCACCUUUGCAUCCGAGCAGGCGAAUAUGGAUUUGGACGUGAACGAUCCAGAUUUUUGGAAAAAGGUGAUGCCGAGUCAGCCGUUGCGGUCUAGUUUUAAUAGCUUGACUGAGCCUCGCCAGCGUCGCUCCGUCCAGCGUCCGGACGUCAAAGAGGGUCUGAAUUCUUCUGAUUCCGAAAUCGUGAGCGAGUCUGACGAGGUGAACGCGGACAUUACCGAUGACGACGAUGCGUACACCGAGGCGGACGGCAAUCGCCGCCGAGACGUGCCGAUGAGUGUGGGCAAGUUGGUGCGUUUGAAUCGCCAGAAGAAGGACGGGGAGCGCUAUCGCAAGCCGUCCGGUCCCAUUUUCCAGAAGCGCAAGUGGAACAUGACUCAGCGCAAUCGGUUCGUUAGGGCGAUUCAACUUCUUGGCUUUGGUCGCUGGCGCGAGAUCAAGCGGAACGCGAAGCUCUGUACCAAGUCGCUCAAGGAGUUGGUUUACUAUGGGCGGGCGUACCUGCACAAGCUCGUUUCGUUUUCCGCGUUGGGCGACGGGGAUACGGAGGACAAGGUUAUCAGUCGGAUUAUUAAUUGCGACGACAACAUUGAGGAUAUUACGGAGGAUCCGUGGUAUUCUCCGUCUAAGCGCCAAAUGCUCGCCUACAGUCUCCACAAGAAGGAGGCAGAGGCGGGUGUGCCGCUGCAUUUAAUAGAAGCGGCUGAAAAGCGUUACAAGGCUCGCGUCGAACAGGAAGAGCUUUUCAGAGCCCGCGACAAAAAGAUUUUAGAGGCAAAACGAGAGUUGUUGUUGACCAACAAGCUUCUCGAUCAGCCUAUGGGUGUGGACACGAUUGAGAUGGGUGGGCUCCCGCCUAGUGGGCCGGGCAGGUCGUACUUGGACUUCAUAGAGGAGAGUUCGCACGCGCCGAACGACGAAAGUAUUGUAAUUUAUUGGCAUUUGAACAACAAGGAGGAGAUGAAGCAAGAGGUCAGUUAUUUCUGCAAUGAGGAUCCGAUGUUGAACGAGCCUCGCUUUUUGGAGAACAUGAAGUCCACGGCUACCCAGACGAUUAAGCGUCUUGAGCUUCUCGCGGAAGUUGGAGCGUUGGUUCGGUCCAACUUUGGGGAGUUCGCGGCUGACACCUUUCCGAAGAUAGAGGGCGGUGAUCCCACUUUUUUCGAUGAGAAGUGGACAGCUCAGCACGACAGGGAUCUGCUGGUUGGCACAUGGAAGUGGGGGUUUGGCCAGUACGACAAGAUUGCUCGCGAUCCGGUGCUGUCUUACUUUGGGAUAUACAAGCCGAAGCCCAUUAAGGAGAGGUCCAAAAAUGGGGAAGAAGACGACGACAUCAAGGACGUCGACAUGGACGAGGAUGAGGACAGGCCGAAAAAGGACUACAAGAAGGAGGACGAGCACAAGUCUUCGUCCGACUUUUUAGACGACAACAAUGACGCCGACGGUUACAGGGACGAUUCGGGAGCGUUAGAGAACGAGGGUGACGCGGUGUCCAACAAUAAUUUUUUACCAUCGACUCAAGAGGACGUCGCGCAGUCGCCGUUGCCCGCGGCCGCCGAGCACGCCGACGACUCGUUGUCGACUGCGCCCGCUGCGAAAGACGGCGCACCGAAGGAGUAUUUGGCGUUUCCGGGGUUUCCGAUCGACGAGUCGAAGCUACUUAGCAUGCCGCCUAGCAAGCUCCUCACGCACCGCGUGAAGCACCUGAUUAAGGCGUUCGCACACAUGCGUCGCAAGCGCACCCAGAACGAGCAGAAGGAGAAGAAGCGCCUCGAGAAGGAGAGAGAAAAGGAGGAGAAGCAGAAGCGCAAGGAAGAUAAGGAGGCGUCUUGGUCCAAGCGCGAGCGCAAUGACUUUUAUCGUAGCAUUCAGAUUUACGGUGCCCCGUGUGCGGCCAACAAUUCUGCUGGCAACAGCCAGGAUGGCUGGUCGUUCAUUUACAAAAAGGCCUGUUUGACGAACAAGUCGUUUGAGGCCAUUCAGAAGUACUACCUGGAUUUCAUCGCGGUCUGCUGCUACCUCUUGAAUUCCAAGCAGACGAACCAACGCGUAAGUCGCCGCACGGUUGCAGAGGACGACUACGAGGACAUACUGGGCAGUUCCGAGUUAGACUGCGCACAGCUGACUGGAAUAACGGAUCCUGAUCAACUGCCCCAGUACACGGACGCAGAGCUCGAAGCCAAGGCUGAGUACCUGCGUCUCACCGUUUCUCAGGCGAAGCGCGUUUGCGAGCGCAUUUGCAUGUUCAAUGCUUUGCGCCGAAAUGUGACCGUUUUGCCCGAACAAGAAAUUUUAGACCGAAUCAACGGAUGCGCUUUGACCGGAUUCGGCCUCCCGUCUUGGUGGAACCACCCGAAAUUCGACUUCUCCCUGCUCGUCGGCGUUGGCAAGCACGGAUUCAGCCGCUGGGACAAGCUUUGCGCGGAUCGGGAUCUGGAAUUCUACGAGGUAGCCAAAUGCUUUUUCGAAGAAAAUGGUUUAAACACAUUUUUUUCCUCGUCGAAACAGGGAAUAAACUCUCAGUCGGACAGGGGCGACGACAGUCUGGACGCGGAUUACAAGCGGGACGUCGACGACGAUAUGAAGGCCAUUUACUCGCAGAUCAUGCCGCCCGAGCGGGUACUUUGGAAGCGUCUGUUGUACUUGAUCCGCACGAUCAUCGACUCGAAUUCUUCGUCAUCCGCAUCAAGGCCAUCCAAAAAGAGGCAACUUACGCUGAAUGUCUGCCCUCCGUCCGACGACGGCGACGAACAAGAAAAAGAACCGCACAACGAGGUCGAAUUUGCAGAUCCAGGGUGUUCGACGUCUUCAGACAAAUACGAACCCACCGCGCCAUCCGACUCCAUAUUUCGCAUUCCGGACGACAUCCCUAUUGACCGCGACCUCGAAAACAAUGUCUUGUUUCCCAUUUACGUCCCAAACCUUAUUUCUAUUCACUCUCUUGGUAAAAUGGUCGGCCAUAGCUCUCCGGCUAGUCCUGAUACGCCUAUCUAUCCCAUCGGAUUUACGUCCUAUCGUGAAUAUUUUUCCUGUACCACCCCCAACAUACGCUCUAUUUACGUGUGUGAGAUUUUGUCGAGCGAUGAUUUGUGUCCAAUUUUCCGCAUAACUUCUAAGGAUGACUCUACGUGUUUUGCGGAGGCACCCGAUAUUCAGCAAGUUUGGGACAUGACUCUAGCUCGUAUUCGAACUCAGAUGCCCGACUUCCCCAUCACGACCUGCCUAUCUGGAGCCGAUUUCUUUGGGCUCAGUUGUCCCAAAAUUGCAGAACUCAUUGAUUCACUUCCCAGUGCCGAAAAACGUCAACCGUCCGCUUCCUCCCCCGUCCGUUCUCGCGCGUCCGAGUUCUCCAGGCAUCAGACCGCCGUUGACGACAGUACCGCCAGUGAGGCCAGAUGCGGUUCAGCAACGGCGUCCCAACGUGAAAAGCAAAAUUGCCACGAUGGACUUGGCAGAAUUGAUACUGACUCAUUUGACUGUAACGAUGAAGGCAUCACUCCAGUAUGUGAAUCCGCUGCUUCUCCGCCUCAUUCAAAGUCCGGAACGCUAAGCAAACGUCGAAACUUGGCAGUCCGAAAGAAUCCCAAAACAUUCGCUCACGCCUGGUCGGCCAAUGAUAGAGAUUCUGCCUAUUCGGAGUAGUGAUACAUUAUUUCAAUAGUAAAUUGUUGUUUAUUUGACGGUGUUUUGAAAAUGGUUUAAAUGUCAGGCGAAAAGUUUUUGCGAAGAUAAUAGGGGGCAU